AUGUUCUCACUUUCGGAAUCAUAAUCGGAAUUAUCAUUCUCUUCUUCUGCAUCGUCUGCUUCAUCACCAUUGAAGCCACUUGCUGUAACCGUCGCUCUUCUUAGCUCUCUCUCUCUCUCUCUCUCUCUUACUCUAGUCUUAGUCAGAUGUCGUUCUCGCUGAGAAACGUGGUGGUUCGGAUUCUGGUUAUGGUGCUGUUUCUGGAUCUGUGCGUAGAAACCGGAUUCUCUCAGUCAACGCCGGCGCGUGCCGAUCACGUACAUCAUCAUGGUGGUGGGUGUAGUCAUUCUCAUGAACACGACCACGACCACGAUCAUCAUCAUGUGAAGAAGACGACGGCGAAGGUGGAGAUGAAGUUACCGGAAGAGCUUGCUGAAGAAGAGGAUAUGAGGUUAUGUGGGUUUGGGCCUUGUCUUCAUGAUCAUGACCACGAUCACGAUCACGAAUCUAGUUCUAAUCUUACGGGAUUUGCUCUUUGGCUCAAUGCAUUAGGGUGCUCUCUUUUGGUUAGCUUGGCCUCACUCAUCUGCCUUGUUUUGCUUCCCAUUAUGUUUGUUCAAGGGAAGCCAUCAAAAUGGUUUGUGGAUGCGUUGGCUCUGUUUGGGGCCGGAGCUAUGUUGGGGGAUGCUUUUCUUCACCAGUUACCUCAUGCUUUUGGUGGUGGUCACUCUCAUUCUGAUGAUCACCAUGAGAAUCAUGCCCAUCAUGAUCAUUCUCAUUCGGAUUCCCCUUCACACUCACAUUCUUUACAAGAUCUGUCUGUUGGGUUGUCUGUUCUUGCUGGGAUUGUGGUCUUCCUUCUUGUGGAGAAGUUGGUGCGGUAUGUCGAAGAAAAUUCUUCUGGGUCCAAUACCUGGGGCCAUCAUCACCACCACCACCAUGCAGGCAGUAAGAAACUUAAGGAUGAAGACGACUUGGACCAAUCUGAUGCAACUGUAAAUUCAUCAGAGAAAGUCUCUAGCGGCUCUACAAAUAAAUCUCUCCGUAAGAGAAAGACUUCUGCUGCUGAUGCUGCUGAUAAAUCAGAUUCAGGCGCAGAUAUUACUUCUGAUGGAAAAUUGGACAAACCAGAAGAAGUGGAGACGCAUUCGUCAAGCCUAGUCUUUGGUUACCUCAACUUGUUCUCUGAUGGAGUUCACAAUUUUACUGAUGGAAUGGCAUUAGGAAGCGCGUUUCUCAUAUAUGGAUCAGUUGGUGGAUGGUCCAGAACUAUGUUUUUACUCGCCCACGAGCUACCCCAAGAGAUAGGUGAUUUUGGGAUUCUAGUGAGGUCAGGCUUCACAGUAACGAAAGCACUAUUCUUCAACUUCCUCUCAGCACUAGUGGCACUUGCAGGAACUGCAUUGGUUUUGCUCUGGGGAAAUGAACCAGGACAGUCAUCGUUGAUCGAGGGAUUCACAGCAGGAGGAUUCAUAUACAUAGCUGUUGCUGGUGUUCUUGCGGAGAUGAACAACUCUGGAAAAUCGACACUUAAAAACACCGCCGGCCAUUUGAUAUCUUUGAUUCUUGGCAUGAGUGUUGCUCUUUUCAUCUCUCUUAUAGAAUGAAUGAUCUCAUGCCAAAUUGUUUUAGAAUACCCAAGCUCGGGUUAUUGUUGUUUUAACUACAUACAGAUACUUUAUAAGGAGAGCAAAGGAUGUAAAAUCCGAUUUUUUGGUUC